AGAACCAAUUAUUGUCGUAUUAACAUUUUCGACAUCCAUUACUUUAAAAUCAAUCUUGAAGCUCACAUAUAUUUUAAAAAAUGAAAGAAGGUUCAGAAGGCAAGGAAAUGUCUCGUGUAAACACAGGUCCCGAGUAUACCAUGUCGUCCAACAGUGUCUUCUCUUCAAGCACACCUUUUCCAAGCACGAAGAUAUCUUUCAGAGAAGCUGCUAAGGAUGCAACGUCUGAAAUUAGACCUAGACCAUCGACCACAAUGAGCAAAUACGUAAGGGCCGUAUGCAAAUACAGUUGUAUUCCAUGCUUGGCCUUCCUUUACCUCUCGGCUUUGUUGGUAUUGUGCACCAUAGCAUCUGACAAAUGGAGGAUGAUGAAAAUUGAAUACAAACUAUUAGGUGUUGAGGGCAGCAGCGAAACAUACAUCGGAGGUUUCGAUUUGAAGCGUUUCAACUACGCGACCAUAGGUAACGCUACUCUGUCAUUCACUAACAGUCUUUCGUACAAGAGUAUAUUGCAAGAAAAUUAUUGCAAAGUACCCGUCCCAGCAUCAAGCAGCGAUUCCUACCCAUUACGUAUUGAUGUAUUUAGGCGCAUUGAUCAAGUUGGCCUUCUUGAUGGCGCCAAGGAGGUUGAGUUCAUUGAAAAACAUGGACGCCCAAUUUACGAUGUGUUGUGUUCUGGUAUUGCUGACUUCCAAAAAUCUGGGAAGGUAAUCAUGUCGAUUGCACUUGCAACCAUGCUAUUGAUUUUCCCAAUUUUAAUUGCUUGUGUCAUAAGAUGCAACUACAACAAGAGAUCCACCACCAUGGAUUCUUUCAGGAUAUAUGAAAUCAUAAGCAUUAUUAUUUGGAUUACUACAUUCAGCAUGGGCAUUAUCAGCUCAUUAUAUUAUAUCUAUGGCGCCAAUUACGCCCAUUGUGUUGACAUCAAUGGAGAUCUUACCACUUGUCCAUUAGCUCUGAGCUCCAAGGUCUUUUUGAUAGCUUCAGUAUUUAGCAUGGUGUCAUUCAUCUGCUAUCUCUUAUACGGUAAGAGUUUGAAGGACGGCGUAUUUGUUGAACCUUUAAGAUUCGGCCGCGUUACUCGUAGCACAUGAAAACUUAUACUUCAAAAAUAUAAUAUCAUGUAUAA